AUGGAGCCUAAAGAUACCACAAAACAGGCAGAGACAACGGGAGAUGAUUUCGGCUUCACCCCAAGUGAGCAGCGCAGCAUUAUUCACAAAAUCGACCGGCGACUUAUCACCGGUCUGGGAAUAUUGUUUGGAGUGAGCUUGAUGGAUCGAACUAAUCUCGGAAAUGCUUCGAUCGCAGGGAUGCAACAAGAGCUGAAAUUGAAUGUUGGCGCUCGAUAUUCCAUUGUGCUCUUGAUUUUCUUCAUCCCAUAUGUGAUUGUUCAAUUUCCUAGUUCCAUUGUGGUCCGCAAAGUCGGUGCACGAAAAUUUCUGGCAGGUAUAACUUUUGCCUGGGGUGUGGUGAUGAUAAAGGGUUUUGGAUUUGUCCACGACUGGAAAGUAAUGCUAGGGCUACGCGUUAUCUUGGGAGCAUUUGAAGCAGGCCUAUUUCCCGGAGCUAUAUAUCUCCUUUCCCUGUGGUAUACACGCUAUGAGGUGCACAAGCGCUACUCCUCAUUCUAUCUGAUCAGUGUCAUCGGUGGAUCCCUGUCGGGCGUACUUGCCUAUGGCUUUAUGCAAAUGGCCGGCCUUGCGGGGCUCGCUGCCUGGAAAUGGAUCUUCAUCAUGGAGGGUAUACUUACCUGCGUUUUAGCGGUGGUUGGGUUUCUCCUCCUGGUCAGCUUUCCACAAGAUGUGCAAAAGUCUCGCAACUUCCUUUCAUCUCGGGAGAUUGAGUUUGUCCUUUGGCGCAUUGAACAAGAUCGACAGGAUGUUGAAGAGGAACCAUUUACUCUCUCUGCUUUUAUGAAGCCUGCCCUUGAGUGGAAGGUUUGGGGAUUUGCUAUCAUCUUCUUUAAGCUAGGCUUUGGCGUUGGUGCUUCCCAGGCCCUCAGCACACCUCCAUACUUCUUCGCCGGUGUUGUUAUGUACGUGGAAGGAUGGCUCGGUGAUAAGUGGCAUCUCCGAAGCCCCAUAAUUAUUUAUAAUUCAUUACAGACAAUUCUUGGUUUGUGUCUUCUGGAAUGGGUUGCGUCGCCGGGAGUCCAAUACUUCGGCAUCUUUCUCGUCGCAUCAGGCUCGAACGCUAAUAUACCAGCGGUCCUCGCUUGGCAAGCAAACAAUAUUCGCGGGCAAUGGAAACGUGCCUUUUGCAGUGCUAGUAUGAUUACCUGCGGUGGUACUGGCGGCAUCAUUGGGGCUGUCGUGUAUCGGUCUCAGGAUGCACCGACAUUUUUCCCCGGUGUGAUCACAUCGAUUGCAUUAAACUUUUUGAUUAUAGCUUUAGCCGUCAUGUUAACUUUGUAUUUCCAUAAGGCGAAUGGAAAGGCGCAACAGGGGAGAAUUGCUAUCGAGGGACUUCCUGGCUUCCAAUACACCCUAUGA